GAUGCUCAGGUUAACGAGAUCCCGCGCACCUUCUCAUCUCACGCUGCUGUGGCUGUUGACGCACCUGAGAUCAAGGGAGGCUGCGGCAAUCAACACACAGGUACACACGACACCUGAGCAAUGGGCCCGACAGGUGUUCAAGCCCUCGCAGGUAACACCAACACCUUCCAGCCUCCCCGUGACCUUCCCCAGCAUCCCCCCUCCCCACCAGCAUCGUGAUCUUCGGGAAGGCAUAUUCUUGGGAGAUGAGAAGAGAGAUGCCGAUGGAGAUGAGAGAGUCUUGGGAGAUAAAGAAGGAAGAAUGCUGGAUGCUGAAGAAACCCGGGAGAUGAGUGAAAAGCGUGGAGAUGAAGAUAAAAGGCGAGGAGGAAUGCUGGAGGCUGUAGAAAUACUGGAGAUGAGUGAACAAAGAGGAGAUGAAGAAUAUGUGAGGCGAAAAAGGAUGCUGGAUGCUGAAGAAACCCGGGAGAUGAGCGAGAAGAGAGAAGAUGAAGAUGGGAGCUUAGGGAGGAUGUUGGAGGCUGUUGUCAAGCGGGAGAUGAGUGAAUGUCAACUACUGAUUGCCUUCGACAGUGCCUAUGACAAACCCUUCGUUCUGGCACCGCUAAUGGCGCUGCCCAACCCACGCCAGGUGGUGAGGGUGCGGGAACUGGAUGACCUGCUGGGGGUGACCUGGGGAACGGAGGGCUGCCGGGGGUACCUCAUCCUACUGGGGAACGCUGCCCCCCUCCUGAGACUGAGUGAGGGGGAACAGCUGACCUGGGACUAUAGAGGGAGGUACCUCUGCGUGCUACCCUCUCGGAACGACCUGAUGAAGUUAGCAACCUCUCCGAAGGGACGGAAGACAGAACACCUGGCUGGAGUCAUUAAGGGUCGGUCGGCGGGGGCGUGGCGGGUGUACGUGGGGCGGCUGUACCAGGGGGUGGCGGGGGAGGUGGCGCGCGUCUCCACCUGGCGCGGGGAUAGGUUCAGCUCGCCCGCUCUCAUCUACCAGGACAGACUCACGGACCUGAAGGGCGCGAGGCUCAAGGCCGUGACCUUCGAGUGGGCGCCCAGCGUGUUUUACUACCGGGACAGCGCCGGGAGCGUUGUCUUCCGCUACGGGACGGACAUCGGCGUUCUCGACACGAUUGCCCGGGUCAUGAACUUCAGCGUGGAGUACGAAGAGCCGCCAUUAGGGGAGUGGUGGGGACGAGAGGAAGAAAACGGCAACUGGUCGGGAAUGAUGGGGAGACUUGCGCGGAACGAGGUCGACAUAGGAUUGGUUGACCUCUAUGUUACCCACGUCCGGAUAGGGAUUCUGGACUACACGACACCUUACGACUCCGAGUUGAGUUGCUUCAUGGCCCGCACGGAACCCCCUCUCCCCCGGUGGCAAGCCCUCGCAUUCCCCUUCAGCUCCACCACCUGGGUCGCUAUUGCUGUGGGUCUUGUGGUGGCCGGCCCCGUGUUGGCGCUGCUGGCUCGCGGCGCUGCCCUCUGCGGAGAGGAGGUAAAAAGUCUACAGUCCCUGGCCGCCAGCUGGUACUACGCUCUGGCCCUUCAUUGCUGUGAGGCGCAGGUCAGCCUCCCACGCAUGCAAUCAACCCGCAUCUUCGUGGCUACCCUCUGGCUCUACACCACCAUCAUCACCAUCAUCUACUCCACCAACCUCACCGCCUUCCUGCUGGUCGCCAAGCCGCCUCAGACCAUAGAGAGCAUCCGGGAUCUUCAUGCGUCGGGUCUUGAAGUCUCGGCGGUCGGGAGUUUCUACGGCGACGCUCUCUUGUCGGCGAGUGAUCCGUAUCUGCAGAGUCUGCACCAGAACUUCCGCCCCUACGGUGAGGCAAGCGAGAUCUUCCCGAGGGUGCUGAGCGGGGCGGCCGUUAUGAUCCAGAACAGCCCCUUCCUGGAGUUUGUGGCGGCCACGCGGUUCUCACGACGCGGCCAGUCACGGAUGAGGCUGAUGAAGGAGUGCUUCGCCCCCUUCAGCAUCGCCAUGUCCGUUCAGAGACACUCCCCCCUCAAGGCGCCGUUCGACCGUAUCAUCGGCUGGGUGAACAGCGCCGGGCUACCCAGGUUCUUCUUCCUCCGAUCACUGAGAGUCUACCGCCAGAAUGAGAUCUAA